AUGAAGAGUAAAAGUGAACACAAACACCGCAAUGUGUACAGAAAGUGCCUUAUUCCAGGCCGCGUUCCCACUCUUCAAGGUCACGUGAAGGCUCCCUAUAUAACCUUCAGAUCAGACAGAAAAGCCAUUGCCUCCAGGCUAGUACAGUGGUCCUUCAAGUGCCAAGUGUGCGGCAAAGUGUUCGGCCAACAGGGUCAUCUGUUCAUUCACAAGAAUGUCCACGCGGAGGUGAGGCCCUUCGGAUGCGACACCUGCGGCAGGCGCUUCAGUCAGAAGGGAAACCUCCUUCGCCACUCGCUCUUGCACACCAACGAGAAGCCCUUCGGAUGCGGCGUCUGCAGGAAGUUCUUCGUGCAAAAGGCUCACUUGGUGAAACACGUGGUGGUUCACAGGCAGAGGCUGGCUGGCCUGAAGAGGUGUCGGCGGAGCGAGGCGUUGGAGCGAGGGUCCUCCGCUGAGGCCAAGGAGGGCGCCCUCAGGUGCAAGGUCUGCGGAUUACAGUUCAGGCGGAUUUUCCAGCUGAUGGAACACCUGAAGGCCGCAUAUUCUCGGAAGGGAAGGGAAAUAGUGCGCCAUCUCUCCUUUGUGACAUGCUAUUUACGACAAAUAGUCACAGGCAAUUCUCGCAUAAGAGAUCUUGUACAAAUGCAAGAUGAUGGAACGCCUGAAGGUCCAACAUGCUCUCGGAAGGGGAGGAAAAUAAAUACAAAUGCAAUUGAAUUUGAUCCACUCCUGACUGCCACUGUUCCAUUUACUUAUUGUUCUUGGAAAUCCAUUGUUAUUUUUGCGCUGUCGGGGAAGCAUGAUACGCUAUAUAAUGGUAACAUACUCUGCGUUGUCACGUUUGCCACAGAAGAACAUGAAACAUUGAAAAACCGGAAACAGAAGUCACGUGAAGGCUCCCUAUAUAACUUUCAGAUCAGACAGAAAGCCAUCAGUUGUUUCCCAGAUUCCAGGAUGAGUCGCAAGUCCCAAGCCACCGCCCAAAGGUCCUUCAAGUGCCAAGUGUGCGGCAAAGUGUUCGGCCAACAGGGUCAUCUGUUCAUUCACAAGAAUGUCCACGCGGAGGUGAGGCCCUUCGGAUGCGACACCUGCGGCAGGCGCUUCAGUCAGAAGGGAAACCUCCUUCGCCACUCGCUCUUGCACACCAACGAGAAGCCCUUCGGAUGCGGCGUCUGCAGGAAGUUCUUCGUGCAAAAGGCUCACUUGGUGAAACACGUGGUGGUUCACAGGCAGAGGCUGGCUGCCCUGAAGAGGUGUCGGCGGAGGGAGGCGUUGGAGCGAGGGUCCUCCGCUGAGGCCAAGGAGGGCGCCCUCAGGUGCAAGGUCUGCGGAUUACAGUUCAGGCGGAUUUUCCAGCUGAUGGAACACCUGAAGGCCCAGCAUAUCCUCGGAAGGGUCGACAAAUAG